CAUGUGACUGAGUAAGCAAAGGAAACCUGCGGAGCUACUUUCCGAGUGGGCAGAAUUAGCAGACUUGCACAGGAUGCUCUCACCUGAAAGGCCCGGGCUGUUCCGUGUGCUGUGCCUGUUUGCUCUGUUCGAAGCGGCAUGUCUGCUGGACACCGGCAUGCUCUUCCCCCGGGAGUCUUCCUCCAGGGAGGUGAAGGAGCUGAGCGGGCUUUGGAGCUUCAGGGCUGACAAGUCUCCAAACAGGAACCAGGGCUUCGACAAGGCAUGGUACAAAAGUCGCCUGAGGGAGACGGGCCCAGUGAUUGACAUGCCAGUUCCUGCCAGCUACAAUGACAUCACGCAGGACCCCACUUUGAGAGAUUUCAUUGGCUGGGUGUGGUAUGAGCGUGAGGUGGUGGUGCCUGCACGCUGGAUCACUGAUGAAGGAACAAGAGUGGUUAUCAGAGUGGGAAGUGCUCACUAUUACUCAAUAGUGUGGGUGAACGGGGUGAAGGUGACAGAGCAUAACGGCGGCCAUCUUCCUUUUGAGGCUGAGGUAGGCAGUUUAAUCCGCAAGGAUCCAAUCCAGCCAUGCAGGAUCACCAUCGCCGUCAACAACACUCUGACUCUGGAGACUCUUCCUCCAGGAAGCAUCCAGCACAUCGACGACAUCACCAAGUAUCCGAAAGGCUUUUUUGUGCAAAACAUCUACUUUGAUUUCUUCAACUACGCUGGUAUACAUCGACCUGUAUUGCUGUAUACUACUCCUACGGCCUAUGUGGAUGACAUCACUGUGGUGACGGACUUCUUGGAUAACACUGGUCAAGUCAAUUACAAGGUAUCAGUCCAAGGUGCUACCACAGCCAGAGUGAAGGUCACUCUGAUGGACAAAGAUGGCCACUGUGUGGCCUCCUCCACCGAGCCAUUUGGAGUGCUCAAAGUAGUAGAUGUCAAUCUGUGGUGGCCGUAUUUGAUGCAUGAGAGUCCAGGGUACCUUUACUCUAUGGAGGUUCGCCUCAAGGCAGCCAAUGAGAGAUCUACGCAUGAGGAUGUGUAUACUCUACCAGUCGGCAUCCGCACCGUCAGUGUUACCAGCACACAGUUCCUCAUCAACAAGAAGCCCUUCUAUUUCCAUGGAGUCAAUAAACACGAGGACUCUGAUAUUCGGGGUAAAGGCUUUGACUGGUCCCUUAUUGUUAAAGACUUCAACCUAUUAAAGUGGAUGGGGGCCAACUCUUUCCGCACCAGCCACUACCCCUACGCUGAGGAGAUCCUGCAGAUGUGUGACCGCCACGGCAUCGUGGUGAUAGACGAGUGCCCGGGGGUGGGCAUCAAAGACAUUCGCAGUUUUAGAAACGCCUCCCUAAACCAUCACCUGGACGUGAUGGACGAGCUUGUACGCCGGGACAAGAACCACGCAUCCGUGGUCAUGUGGUCAGUAGCCAAUGAGCCGGCUUCAGAGAUGCCCCCUGCUGAAUUCUAUUUUAAGACUUUGAUACAACACACCAAAGCUCUGGAUCCAACCCGGCCCGUCACUUACGUCUCAAACAGUCACUAUGCCCGGGACAAAGGGGCUCCCUAUGUGGAUGUGAUCUGCAUAAACAGUUACUUCUCCUGGUACCACGACCCCGGCCACCUGGAGGUCAUCCCCCUUCAGCUCAACACUCAGUUUGAGAACUGGUAUGGAAAGUACCAGAAGCCCAUCAUCCAGAGUGAAUAUGGAGCCGAUGCAGUGCCAGGGCUUCACAGUGAUCCACCCACGAUGUUUACUGAGGAGUACCAGAAGGUGGUCCUGAAGAGCUGCCACGACGUAUUCGACCAGAAGAGGAAGCAAUAUGUGAUCGGCGAACUCAUCUGGAACUUUGCUGACUUCAUGACGGUGCAAGGGAUCACCCGUGUGGUGGGCAACAAGAAGGGUGUUUUCACCAGGCAGAGGCAGCCCAAAGCGGCAGCAUUCAUCCUGAAGGAGAGGUACUGGAGGCUGGCAAAUGAAACAGGAAGACUGCCUCCCUGGACCAAGUACCCCUGCUCCCUCUGACACCCGCCACCGGACAUGCAACUGAUAUACAUAUACUAUGCUUACUGGAAAAAAUGCUGGAAUAAUUCUGUCUUUUCUUCUUUUUUUAAGUCAGUUAAUUAAUUCACAACAUUGCACUGUGUACACACGAUUAAAUAAACAUUUUUCAUAUAAACUCAA